AUGAAUGUAGAUUGGGAACGACUCAAAUUGCUUCGUUCGCAUGCCAACCGACUUCAGAAGAAUGUGGGAUAUGUCGGGUUGGACGAAACCGAAGUGCAAUGUACAAAGUCCGGGAUCGAUCACGACCAUCUCAUGUUCCUGGAGAACAGCCUGCGAGUAAUCAUGCAAAGACAAGAGGUAGAUGCGUUACUGAACGAAAGUCCGGACUUCUUUACAACCGACUACACUCAAAGACUGGAGAGACUGUGCGACUUCUUGGAUCAUUCGGUCAACGUGGCACUUCUCCAAAAGCACGAGCCACUCGGCUCUCCCCAAGUUUAUGGGAGGCAAAAUCUUGAUGCUCUCCUUAAUAUUUUGUCACGCACCGAUUGGCGAUUCGUCAUGGUGACCGGCCCAUAA